AUGGCUGCGCAGUCCAAGCUGACGGCCACGGGGCCACGGCUGCUGGCCGACCAGCACCGCCGCACGGUUGCCUGGGCGAUUCGGGCUCUGGUCAAGGCGUACGUGGCCAACCGGACGCGCAUCUCGCGGGUGGUGUACGUGACGCUACUGGUGGCGGUGGUGAACCGGGUGCGGCAGGCGAUCGCAGAGCAGCGACAGGCCAGCGAGCCGGGAGAGUCAGAACGCGAUAGCAGGCAUUGUAACGCGAAGGAGGACGAGGCCGGCAGCGGUAGCAGCGGGGGGGGACGGCAGCGCAAGAUGGAGCUGGACCGGGCCUUUUUCCACUCGCUCGGACGGCUCCUGCGCAUCGUGGUGCCAGGAUGGCGCAGCAAGGAAGCACGGCUGCUGGCGAGCCACAGUGCCUUCCUGGUGGCACGGACACUGCUCAGCCUGCAGAUUGCGGCCAUGGACGGGGCGCUGGUCAAGAGUCUGGUGCGCGGACAGGGCCAGCAGUUCCUGCGGCGCAUCGCGUGGUGGAUGGUGGUGGCGGUGCCGGCAACGUUUACCAACUCGAUGCUGGCCUACCAUCAGGCACAGCUGGCACUGCGAUACCGCACGCGACUGACACAGCACAUCCACGAGCAGUACCUCACGCGCAUGACCUUUUAUGGGCUGUCGGCGCUGGACGACCGCGUCAAGAACCCAGACCAGCUGAUCGCCGUCGACGUGGCUCGCUUUGCCAGCAGCCUGGCCGAGCUGUACGGCAACCUGGCCAAGCCGCUGCUCGACAUGACCAUCUACACGUACUCGCUCUCGCGCAGCGUUGGCGGCGAGGGCGUCGUGUCCAUGGCCCUGCUGGUCCAGCUGUCGGCCCUGGCCAUGCGCGCGCUCACGCCGCCCUUUGGCCGCUACGUCGCCGACGAGGCGAGGCUCGAGGGCGAAUUUCGCUUCCAGCAUGCCCGCCUGAUCGACCACGGCGAGGAGGUCGCGCUCUACGCCGGCCAUGGCGCCGAGAAGGACACCCUGGACAAGGGCUACUUCACCCUCAUCAAGCACGUCAACUACAUCCUGCGCCAGCGCUUCUACCACGGCUUCAUGGAGGAUUAUGUCAUCAAGUAUCUUUGGGGAGCCCUCGGCCUGGUCCUCUGCAGCGUGCCCGUCUUCGUCCCGCUGCCGGCUGCUGCUCGCCAGGCCCUGGCCUCCACCGCCAGCGGCAGCAGCAUGGCCGAUCGAACCGAGAGCUUCGUUACCAACCGCCGCCUGCUGCUGUCCGCCUCCGACGCCUUUGGCCGCAUCAUGUUUUCCUAUCGCGAGAUCAUGGAACUUGCCGGCUACACCGCCCGCGUGGCCUCGCUGCUGGACGUCAUGACCGACGUGCGUGCCGGCCACUUUGAGAAGAACCUGGUCUCGAGCAGUGCCGGCAACACCGCUGACCACGCCGCCGUCCUUCGUCGCCGUGGCUCCGUCGUCGAGAGCGACACCAUCCAGUUUACCGACGUACCCAUCAUCUCCCCCAACGGCGACGUCCUCGUCCCGAAGCUGUCCUUCUCCCUGAGGCCCGGCGAGCACCUGCUGGUUGUUGGUCCCAACGGCUGUGGAAAGUCGUCGCUCUUCCGCAUCCUCGGCGGCCUCUGGCCCGUCUACGGCGGCACCGUCCACCGACCGCCACCGGCCGACAUUUUCUACAUCCCCCAGCGGCCCUAUCUGCCGCACGGCUCUCUGCGCCAGCAGAUCACCUAUCCCGACAGCCUGCGGGCUAUGCGGGCCAAAGGCGUCACGGACGCCGACCUGCUGCAGCUGCUGCGCUUGCUCAGCCUCGAGGAGCUCGUUGCCGGCCAGUCGGCCGGCUGGGACACCGUGGCCGAGUGGCGCGAGGUUCUCAGUGUCGGCUGGCAGCAGCGCGUCGCCAUGGCCCGUCUGCUCUACCACCGGCCGCGCUACGCCAUCCUCGACGAGUGCACGUCUAGCGUGACCUUGGAGAUGGAAAAGACCAUGUACGAGCAGGCCAAGGCCAUGGGCGUGACCCUGAUGACCGUCAGUCACCGGCGCAGCCUGUGGAAGUACCACAAUCGCAUCCUGCAGUUUGACGGUCAGGGCCACUACGUCUUCACCCGUCUCGAUGCCGAGCGUCGCCUGCAGCUCGAGGACGAAAAGGACGAUCUCGAUCUGCUGCUGCGCCAAGUCCCUGACGCAGAGCGCCGCAUCGCCGAGCUCGAGGCUGCGUGA